CGCGCCUGCGCAAUGGGCGCCAGGUCCGCUUUUGCCUAGUCGGGUAGUUAUUGUGCUUUUUGUUCCGGAAUAGGAGGGUCGGGUCCAAAGGCUUAUUCGCCUUUUCUUCUCCCAUAGAUUCUCCGUGUAUGGACCCUAAAAGCUACCGCUGCUGCUGCUGCGGACCUAGAUAGUUACUGUCUCAGCUUUAGGAUGUACGCUCUGCCACUAGAAGCUCUUCCAAGGAACCGAGGUAACCGCGCCCCCCGGGACGAGGAAGUGCGCGUGCGUUUGAGGGAGGGCGCCCCAGACGAGAUGCCUCCUGCGCAUGUGUGACAAGAAGGCGUUCCUAGAUCGUGGAGGGAAAGCUGCUCUUCCCGAGAAGGGGAGGUGUCUCUUUGGCCUUGGCAAUUAAAAAACAGUGGAAUGGAAAGCAAUUAUUGUGGUCAUCCCGUGUUAAGCUCCUCUUCAGCAAUGUAUACAUUCCUGCUGGGGGCCAUAUUCAUUGCUUUAAGCUCCAGUCGAAUCCUACUUGUAAAAUAUUCAGCCAAUGAAGAGAACAAAUAUGAUUAUCUUCCAACCACUGUGAAUGUGUGCUCAGAACUGGUGAAGCUGGUUUUCUGUGUGCUUGUGUCACUCUGGGUUCUAAAGAAAGAAGAUCAUCAAAAUAGAAACUUGAGAUGUGGUUCCUGGAAGAAAUUCUCUAAUUUCAUGAAGUGGUCCAUUCCUGCCUUUCUUUAUUUCCUGGAUAAUUUGAUUGUCUUCUAUGUCCUUUCCUAUCUUCAGCCUGCCAUGGCUGUUAUCUUCUCAAAUUUUAGCAUUAUAACAACAGCUCUUCUAUUCAGGAUAGUGCUGAAGAGGCAUCUAAACUGGAUACAGUGGGCUUCCCUCCUGAUUUUAUUUUUGUCUAUUGUGGCCCUCACUUCUGGGACUGAGACCUCACAGCAUAACCUGGCAGGACAUGGAUUUCAUCAUGAUGCCUUCUUCAGCCCAUCCAACUCCUGUCUUCUUUUCAGAAGUGAAUGCUCCAGAAAAGACAAUUGCACAACAAAGGAGUGGACUUUUUCUGAAGCUCAGUGGAACACCACGGCCAGGGUUUUCAGUCAUAUCCGUCUUGGCUUGGGCCAUGUUCUUAUUAUAGUCCAGUGUUUUAUUUCUUCGAUGGCCAAUAUCUAUAAUGAAAAGAUACUGAAGGAAGGGAACCAGCUCACUGAAAGCAUCUUUGUACAGAACAGCAAACUCUAUUUCUUUGGCAUUCUUUUUAAUGGGCUGACCCUGGGCCUUCAGAGCAGUAACCGUGAUCAGGUUAAGAACUGUGGGUUUUUUUAUGGCCACAAUGCAUUUUCAGUAGCUCUUAUUUUUGUAACUGCAUUCCAGGGCCUCUCGGUGGCCUUUAUUCUGAAGUUCCUGGAUAACAUGUUCCAUGUCUUGAUGGCCCAGGUCACCACUGUCAUCAUCACAGCGGUGUCUGUCUUGGUUUUUAACUUCAGGCCCUCCCUGGAGUUUUUCAUAGAAGCCCCAUCAGUUCUUCUCUCCAUAUUUAUUUAUAAUGCCAGCAAGCCUCAAGGUCUGGAAUACACAUCUAGGCAAGAAAGGAUCCGAGAUCUAAGUGGCAGUCUUUGGGAGCGCUCCAGUGGGGAUGGAGAGGAACUGGAGAGACUUACAAAACCCAAGAGUGAUAUUGAAUCAGAUGAAGAUACUUUCUAACUGGUACCCAAGUAGUUGGCAGCUCUCACAAACCUUAUCUUCACAUUUUCAGCAUGUGUGAUAUUUAUCUUUCCACUUUGAUAAACCAAGAACAUUUCUAAAGCAUAAAACUCUUUGCAUAUAUCUAACCGCUCCCUAAAUAAUUCCAACCAAAGCUUAGAGUACCCAAAGGCUAAAAAGUUCGAAGGAACUGACAUAAGAAUAACAGUAUGGAGACUGCAUUAAUGGCCUGGUACUUAGUAGGUCAAGAUAUAUUUGCAGAUUAUUUUCCUUGUUCCUCCAUUCCAGAAAACUUGUAAUAAUCAUGUUAGCUGUACCCUAUAAAUAUACAAAUAGAGAUCAAUUUGCCAGAUAUUCAGAAUUGUGUAGUUCUACUCUGCAUGCCAUAGUCUUCCCUUUUCUAUCAUUAUAAAUAUCACCUAGGUUGACCCUUGAAUUCUGAGGCCAUGGAGAUAGUCAUUUUGUAAUUAAAAGAGAUAGUCAUUUUGUAAUUAAAAUCAAUGAGACUCUAAAAAUUUGGUUGAAGGACCUUAAUAACCAGCCACAACAUUGAUUUGAGAGUAGUGUAGUCUGUGCUAAAUGUUUUGCCAAAGAAGCAAAUUUUUCAACAAAAAUCUGAGAAUUUUAAUUUUUAGGAAUUUGUAGGAAAUCUUAUUUUUAGUGGUUGUCUUUUGAUGUUUUUCUACACAAAUAAGCUUCCAUUUAGGUGAAAGUUGGUUUCCAGUCCCCACCGUUAUCACUUGUAUUUUACAUCACUUAAACCAGCCAUGGUGGGUUUUUUCUCCUCAGUUUGACCACAUGACUAUUGGAUUAUUCUAUUUCGGAGAACUAAUAAGCCACUUUUAUUAGUUAUUAAAUAGAACGUAUGACUAUUUUAAAUCUUUAUAUCAUACUCUGUUCCUAAAGGUUGAGACACUGGCUUCAGAAUCAUGCCAGGUUGUCAGUAAGACUAUUGCCGAAGAGUUCUUUUAAAAGAGUCACUUUGCAAACAAAUGACUUUUACUGAAAUGUGAAUAGUAUUACUCUAAAAAGAGGAAGGCCAGUAAUAAAUAAAGCACUUUAUAGUAACCAUGUUUCACCCUUAAACUGCAUGGUAUUUUUUGAGGUAUUUUUGCAUGCAUCCAGUUGAGUCUAUGAGGUAGAGAAGUCAGGUGAUAGAUAAUUUAAAAAUGAGAAAACAGAAAUGACUUGCCCAAGGCCAUAUAGCUGGAUGGUGAUAGGACAAGUGUUGGCUUCAGCUAAUAGACCUGUGUGUUUAUAGAGCACUACACUGUAAAUGUGAGCUUUAAGUUGUCAUUUUCAUGCAGUCUGUACAUCUCUUCUUUCCCCUAAUUUUCAUACAGAUAAAUAUAAGAUAAUACUAUUACAUAAUCCAUCUGUGAUAUCCAGAGCAAUAUGAAUGGCAAGAGUUGGUGGAAAUUUAUAAAUAAAAUAACUAUUAAACACUUACCUCGUGUUGUUA